AUGCGUUUCUUUUCCGUCUUGUCCACCAUGACCCUUGUGGCAUCAGUCAUGGGUGCCGCUAUCCCAGUUCCUGUCGAGGAAAGCAACAUUGAGGUUAAACGUGCCGAGGGACACGAGGAUGCUGGCCUACAGAAGCGACGAAGGAUACGGCGAUGGGUGUGCUCGCAAGAGGAACUGUUAAUAGCGUUUCCAUAUUUCCAUUGA